CCGCCAUUGGCUGGGGCCCCAUCUUAGGUCAGAUCAAGUUCCCUUGCGGGCUCCCCCCAGCCUCCUCCGAAGUGACAAGCAGGGCCGCCUACGUAGGUACUUCAUCCGGUCCCCGCAGAGCUGAACUCCCAGCUUUUAAUCCUCCAAGCCCAUUCUCAUUCACCUCCACACAACCAUCAAUCAAAAUUCUACCACAUCUCCAUCACCCUUAGAGACAAUGUCCACUCGCAAGAGGAAGCAGGAGGAGGAGGAGCUUGUUGCCCUCCCAAGUGACGAAUCUGACGAGGAAGAGGAAUACGCCGAAUCUGAAGGCUCCGACUUUGGCGAAGAGGAUUCUGAUGAGGACCCUCCACCAAAGAAGAAGACCAAGCGCACUGCAUCCAAGGGCGGAGAAGAUGACGGAGAGGAGGACGAGGAGGAGGACGACCUCGAAGACGAAGACGAGGAAGACGAUGCCCCGGAGCCCGUGCCCGAGGGCGACGAAGAAGAUGAGGAUGCCAACCCAACGGGCAAAAAGCCGGCUGGUGCUGAGAAGGACCGGAAAGUCAAGACCACCAGUCAAGCCGACCCAGUCCCUGUUGUUGAUGACGAUGACGAGGAUGAAGAAGAGUAAUGUGUCGCUGACGGAAUCCCCGUACGCAGUACCGUCUCUGCUUCGCAG